AUGUUGCCUUGGUCUCUGAUCAUCGCUGUCUCAUCUCAUAGUGCACAUCAGUACAAAUAUUGGCAGUCGGGUCGUUUCCCGAUUGAGGCAGUGCCUUAUUUCAUAUUAUUAGACUAUAAUAUCAUAGAUGAAUGCACGAGUUUCCCAUGUCAAAAUGCAGGGACAUGUAUUGACACAGUGAACGGAUAUUCAUGUAUCUGUCCUGAAGGGUCUACUGGUUUGAACUGUGAGCAAGAUAUUGACGAAUGUCAAAGUUCACCGUGCAUGAAUAAUGGCAGCUGUGUUGAUAUGUUGAACGGGUACACAUGUACUUGUGUACCUGGAUACAGCGGGAUACAUUGCGAACAAGAUAUCAAUGAAUGCUCGAGUUCCCCGUGCCAGAACGGAAGCACGUGUGUCGACGGAAUAAAUGAGUAUUCCUGUGCAUGUAUUGCUGGAUUUACCGGAGUAAACUGUGAACAAGACAUCGAUGAAUGCGCGAGUCUCCCGUGUCAGAAUGGAGGCACGUGUGUCAGUGGCGUAAAUCUCUACACUUGUGCAUGCACUGCUGGGUUUUACGGAAUAAACUGUGCCGCAAUCAACAUAUGCUCGAGCUCACCGUGUCAGAAUGGAGGUACGUGCGUUAAUAUGCUCUUCGGCUAUCUGUGCACGUGCCUGCCAGAAUAUACGGGAUUACACUGUGAACAAGCCUGUUUCACCGGGUCACCAUGGAACUACACUGGGACAAUAAACCUGACACUAACGGGACGACAGUGUCAGAGGUGGGAUUCCCAAACCCCUCACUCGCACACGUGCACAGACUUACAGUACUUCCCGGAAACCGUGCUUGCUGACGCCCAAAAUUACUGCAGAAACCCGGAAAGUAGCUAUGACACCCCCUGGUGUUUUACAACUGAUGCCGCUAAGGAAUGGGAAAACUGUGAUGUUAUAGAAUGCUGA